AUUGUGAUUUUAAGGCUAUUGAAACCAUGGAAACUUUCGAAGAUGACAUCUGGGUGUGCGGAUUUCCAAGAUCAGGGACAACAUUGACUACAGAGAUCGUUGAGUUAGUGCAAACCCUUGAUUUUGAAAAGGCGAACACGGUGCAGCUUGACGAACGAUUCGCCUUCAUUGAACGAAUAGACGAAACCAUCCCGAAUGCAACAGGAAUGGACGCAUUAAAGAACGCAGGGAGCCCCAGGGUGUUCAAGUCCCAUCUGCAGUACAAGUUCCUGCCAAAAAUGUUACAAGGCGGAAAAGGAAGGAUGGUGUACGUGUGUCGGAACCCUAAAGACGUUGUUUUGUCCUGGUACAAGCUGAUGCAAUGGUUCGACUGGUGUGAUAUGUCACUGGCAGAAUUCUUUGAGGAUUUCAUGAACGGAAAAGUUUUGUAUGGAGGUUGGGAAGAUCACGUUCUUGGAUUUUGGAAAAACACCAAAGUUGGGAACCUUUUGUUUUUAAAGUAUGAAGAUGUUGUCAAGGAUAUUCCAAAGACCAUAAGGGACAUAGCGAGCUUUCUUGGCAGAACACUGACCGAUGGCGAUGUGAACAGAAUACAUGAGCACUGCUCUAUUGAAAGCAUGCGAAAGAACCCGACGCUUAAUUUGGAACAUAUGGCUGGAAGUAACAUGAAGGAUGGUUAUGGCGGUUUCAUUAACAAAGGUAAACCUGGAACUUGGCGAGAGUCGUUAACGUCUGAGAUGAGUUCUCGUCUUGAUGACGUUUUGAAACAGGUCGCAGAGAAAGGACUGUCUUUUGAAUGUUGCUAGAUAAUGUUAUGUCAAUACAUGUAUGUGUUUAUUACUAACAUAACAUACAGAAAUACCUUAUUAUCAAUGUGUCAAGGAAAUCGCUGUGUUCUUGAUGACGUAUUGAAACAGGUCGCAGGGAAAGGACCGUCUUUUGAAUGUUGCUAGAUAAUGUAAUGUGAAUAUGUGCUUAUUUCUAACAUAACAUACAGAAAUACCUUAUAUGUAUACAUAAUAGUAAUACCUCAAUGUGUGUCAAGGAAAUCUCUGUGUUCUAGAUGGUGUUUGCAUUGACAUUAACUUCCUUUAUGUAUUGUAUUUAUUUAUGUAUUGUACUUGUUUUGUUGUAGUUUUCAGAAAAAAAUAUAUUGUAUGCGACCAUAACUUCAUUUCGGAUAUGACUACUUUGGCAUUCCGCUCAAGCCUUGUGCGCGCUGACGUUUGAUUUGGAAAUGAGGGCGUAUUCAAGUUGGAAAAACAGUGAACAAUAUCAAAUUGUUUAUUUCUGUUUGAAACAGUUAACUAUCAUUUUGAUUUCUUUGACAAAUAUCUUUAACCGGAAU